AUGCACGAUACGAUCGUAAGACUCGCUGAUGUGUGGAAGACGUGUAACAAGAUCCGCGCGGCGGCGUUCCGCGUGGGUCUGAACUUGUGGGACUUCUAUCGCCCACUCGAUCCCGAAGGGAAUUCUCUUAUUUCAGAGUCUAAGUUCGUGUCGAUACUAGCCGGCCCUCUGCGGUCUGUGAUCGGGCUUUCGGACGACGAGAUCGCCCAAGUAGCGGACUACUUUCGUGCGCAAGAUGGCAGAAUCCUAUACCAUCAGCUUUGCCAGAUCAUUCACGGAGAAGACGCAGGGGGCCGCGACAAGACGUCAGCGGAUUGCCUGCUGGACGCUUGUCCCCCCCCACCGGAACCCAACUGCCACAAGUUGGAUCAAUGGCAGCUGCGGCGGCUGUGCUGCCUUCUCGCCACAAUCGCGCAAAGAGACAUACCUCUGAAGCCCUACUUCCAAGACUACGAGCUGGUUGCCAAAAACGACGGCAGAAUAACAUUCGCACAUUUUGCUCGCAUCCUGAAUUACAUAGGUGUCUUGGUAUCGGCGGAUGACUUUAACCUGCUCGUGCGCAAGUUUAUCAAAGACUCCUAUACCCUAGACUACGUGGAAUUCAUUAAGGCUGUGGAAGCCGUCAAAAGGGAGGGCAUCCAGGGUUUGGGCCCGGACUACAAUAACCCCGCAGCAGUCAUAGACACCACUCUCCCGAAAAUAGUCCGACCAGAGAUCGAGGCGGGGGCGUCCACUGCGCCUCUGGGUGCCUCUGAAGUGUUCCACCCGGCCAUGCGAUGCCCUAAACCUUCGCGACAACUGCUAGAUCUUAUGCUCAGGGUGCAGGAGUUCGUCAUGCAAAGACGUGUUAGGGUAUCUGAAUUCUUCAGGGACUACGAUCCGCUGAACAGUGGACGUAUAUCGCCGCAGCAGUUCCGUCGGGCGCUAGACAUCAUGGGCUUCAGCGCCAUCAUGUCGGACCUGGAGAUGCUCUGCGUUACCCGGCAUUACCUGGAUCCCAACCGGCCUGAUCGUGUUUGCUGGCGUACCUUUGAAGAUGACUGCGACCAAGUUUUCACAACAAAGGAGCUAGAAAAGCACCCGUCGGUGUCCGCCGGUGGCGUGGCGGAGGCCGUGGGAGAGCUCUCACCCGUGGGAUCGGCGGCAGAACGAGGUGGGCCGUCCUCGUCGGAGCUGGACCUCGCGCAGGCGGCCCUGAUGCGAGUGCGUGCCGCCUGCAAAGAACGCUCCAUCGACCUCCGCCCGGCGUUCGGAGAACACGAUGAACACAACAACGGCCAUGUGUCGAGAGCGCAAGUGCGGCGCGUCCUGGCUCGUCUGGGCGUUCUGCCCACCCCGCAGCAGAUCCGCGCCCUGGAGACGAGGUACUCGGACGAUUGCGGAUUUCAUUACGUGGCUCUCCUCGAUGAGUUGGAAGAGCGACCCACGGAAAGCGCUACGAUCGCCGGACCAGCGCUUGCGCCGCGGCGCGCACACCGAAGCACAGUCGACCCUCUCGAAACUGACAUUGUACAAAUAUUAGCUAAGAUCAAGGGGAAAAUGGUGCGAGAAGGACUCCGCCCUCGCGACUUUCUCUGCCAGUUCGACCCCCGGCGCGAACUAGUGAUCCCUCGCGCCGACUUCUACCGGGGUCUCGGGGCCGCGGGCCUUUCGCUCUCGUCCAGGGAGAUGGACACACUAAUUGAAGUUUUCUGCGCUCCCGGGCGGCGUCGAUUCGUGGAGUACGAUCGGUUCUGCAGCGUGGUGGGCGAGGCGCUGACGCAGGGUGGCCUGGAGCGAGCCCCGUCGCUCGAACCGGUGUCCCACGUGCCCACCAUCGACUCCCCUCUCAACUUCCUCAACUUCGAGGAGCGGAACAUCGCCGCGAAUGCCCUAGCUAAGCUCGCUAAAUUCCCAGACCAACUGUCUAACAUAUUGGAGGUGUUUAAGGAUAUGGACAAGGAGCGAUGCGGCACGAUUCCGCGCGUGUCGAUGGAGCGUGCGCUGUGCCAGAGAAAUCUGCUACAGCUGGUGUCAGCUCGCGAGCGAGACGUUCUCUACAAGUGUUUCGGCUAUCGACGUGGAUGCGGCGACGAGGUGAACUACAGAGCUUGGUGCAGUGCAUUGGAUGUUCUCUUCGCUUCUUCUUCCCAGCCGUGUUAA